AUGGGCGCGCUGGCCGGGACGCUGUUGUUGGUGCUGCUGCUGGCGCAGGGGGCUCUGGGGCAGCAGGACAUGCAGGAAGUGGACGUGCUAUCAGGGCCCUGUGGCCGACGGACUAUCCCGCCACGCGUGAUAGGUGGAGAAGACUCGAAGCUUGGGCGCUGGCCGUGGCAGGGGAGCCUGCGUUUGUGGGACUCCCAUACUUGCGGAGCGAGCCUGCUCAGCCGCCGCUGGGUGCUCACAGCGGCGCACUGCUUCCAAGAGACUGCUGAUCCCUUUUCAUGGACAGUCCAGUUUGGUGAGCUGACUUCCAGCCCAUCUUUCUGGAACCUGCAGGCCUACCACAAUCGUUACCAGGUGGAGAAUAUCUAUAUGAGCCCCUAUUAUCUGGGGUCAUCAUCCUAUGACAUCGCUGUUCUGAAGCUGUCCACCCCCGUCACAUACACUAGUCACAUCCAGCCCAUCUGUAUCCUAGCCUCCACAGCAGAAUUCCAGAACCGGACGAACUGCUGGGUGACUGGCUGGGGAGAAAUUGAAGAGGAUGUGGCUCUGCCCUCUCCCUACACCCUUCAGGAAGUGGAGGUUGCCAUCAUAAACUCCACCAUGUGUAACUACCUAUACCGGCAACCUGGUUUCCGCUUGGACAUCUUUGGAGACAUGAUUUGCGCUGGUGAUCCCCAAGGUGGCAAGGAUGCCUGCUUUGGUGACUCAGGCGGGCCCUUGUCAUGUGAAAGGACUGGACUGUGGUAUCAGGUUGGAGUCGUGAGCUGGGGAGUGGGCUGUGGCCGACCCAACAGGCCUGGUGUCUAUACCAACGUCAGCCAGCACUACCACUGGAUCCGGAAGGUGAUGAUUGACAAUGGCAUGCUGAGGCCAGCGCCCUCCUGGCCACUGCUUCUCCUCACUCUGUUCUGGGCACCCCCACUCUUGUAG